CCAUGCUGUGGCUCUCCAAGGGUGGCAAGAAAUGAGCUGGGCUUGGCAGUUCUGGAUCAGGGUGCAAAGAAAUUGUUGUAUUUUCAUUGUUUGCAGAUGGGCCAUGCCUGGAAGUCUGAGUUGGAAUCUCCCAUCAAGUCAGAGAGCAGUGAUUUCCAGUCCCUUCCUGACUGGGAUUCAAGCUUGGAUCUGGAUGUGAUGAGCUGGAGAAAUACUGAAGAGGAGGCCAUGGGGAGGCUGGAGGGGAGCAGCCAAGAGGCAGAUCCUGAGAUGGAGCUGAGUGAGCCCCUCUGGAAGGAUGACAGUGAAGAUAACCACGAGGCAGAGGAGCCAUGUGAAAAUGACAGUCUUCUCCAGUUCCUCUUGGAGGUAACCCAGAUGUUGGAAUCUUGCUGCAUUGGCAGCACAGAGUCACCAGAGACUCCGUGGGAUUACCGUGCCUCUGGGGGGAAGGAGAGUGAUGGGGAGGAAGAGAGGUGCCAGGAACAGACCUCAGGAGCAGAGGAAAGUCAGCUGGACAUCCUGGCAAAAGAUGAGGAAGAACUCUUCCUGGAAAGAGAGGGAGAGACUGAAGACUCAUCUGGAGAACCCCCUUCAGAUGAGCUGCAUUCACCUGAGAUGAGUGCUCAGGCCCUGGAUCAAGAUGGCAGUGACAGCAGCUCUGCAGCCUCAGUGCUGGACUCCACAGGCUCUCCCAACGUGCACCUGCUGCAGCCAAGCUGGAAUAACCCCCUCCAGCACCUGAUCCUCAAAAAAAAGCUCCUGUCCAUCUGGAGGAUGAUAGCCAGCCACAGGUUCAGCAGCCCGUUCCUGAAGCCAGUGUCAGAGAAACAAGCCCCUGGAUACAGGGAUGUGGUAAAGAGGCCCAUGGAUUUAAGCAGCAUAAAGAGGAGGCUCUCAAAGGGACACAUUCAGUCCGUGAUGCAGUUCCAGUGUGACCUGAUGCUCAUGUUCCAGAACGCUGUGAUGUACAACAGCUCCGACCAUCACGUGUUCCACGUGGCUGUGGAGAUGCAGCGAGAGGUCUUGGAGCAGCUGCAAGUCUUGGCUGAAGCCCUCCUGUUGUCCAGGGACAGGCUGGAGUGAGGCAGAAGGUAACCAGCCCUGCCUGAAGCCUCUCUAGUUGGAGCAGCGAUGUCUCCGUGGCUCAGGGCAUCUCCUGGGCUCAGGGGAUGUGCUGCCAUGGCCUCGGGCAGACCUCAUUAUCCCCAGUGCUGGCUGCUGGGGUGAUGGGUUGAUUCAGAGCCGUUUUUGGGAGGGUACCCUGUUGGAAGCCUCCAUUCUUUUUGGGAAAAGCAGCAAUGUAGCCCUGCAGGGAGAAGAGUUCCCUGGGAUGAAAAGCAAGGGUGAGAAUCCUGUGUGUGGCCAGGUGGAUGAGGCGGGCACAGCCCGUGAGGGCGGCUGGCUGCACAUCGGGCACUGCAGCGUUCCCAGGUUCAGGUUGGUCUGAUGUUGUGUUGGGUCGGGUGGGUCCGGCGUUACCGGCACUGACCACACCCAAUAAAGGCCCGUGUUGAAGCUUGCCCCGGCCUGCCUGACACUGGGACUGGGACCGCGACUGGGGCCAGAACUGGGACUGAGGCUGGGUCCAGAAGUGGAACUGGGACUGGGACCGCGACUGGAACUGAG